AUGCAAAAAUCAAAUCCUGUAUAUUCAAUUAGUAGCCCUGAAUUCAGACUUGACAAUAAAGACAUAAUAUUUAAGCACAAAUACACUAUAUCAAUGGCCAGUUAUGCAGGACAGUAUGAAUUGUCAUUAAAGUGUGUAGAAAUCUUGUUGGAUAUUCUACUAUUUAUUAUCCUUACACGUAUCUUGCCUUUUGCUUUCUUUCAUCUACUUAUAUUUCCAGAGUAUGACAGCAUCAACUGGAAACGUUGUCCUCCUAAAAUUAACGUACAAGCCUUCAAAAUCAAUUGCAAGCUUCACAAAUCGAAAUCCACUUUAUGCGGGUUUGUAAACAACAACAUACAUCAUAAAGAACUCACCGUUGCUUGGUUCGAAAUCUAUACCAAUUAUGAAGAUGCUAUGGAUGGUUUGUUGAGAAACUUCAAGCAAGCAUACAAGAAGUGCAUAAAAAUGAAAUACAAGUCAACGAAAAUCCCGGAUUCGAGCCCCUUGGUUAUUCAAUCCGAAUAG